CAAACGAAAAUCACAAAAAGCUGAAGGACCCUUUUCGUAACUUCACAUCAAAAUUCUGUUCCUCCAUCCCCAAAACCCUCGCCUAUAUAUACAACCUGUAUAUCUGUUCUCCAAACCCUCUCCCCUUUGCAAGUUGCUUUGUUCCUUUUAUUUCAAUCCAUUCGAGAAGCAUCUUGCAAACAUGUUGGUCUAUCAAGAUUUGAUUUCUGGUGACGAGCUUCUUUCUGAUUCGUUUCCCUACAAGGAGAUCUUGAAUGGUAUCCUAUGGGAAGUUGAAGGAAAGUGGGUGGUACAAGGAGCGGUGGAUGUUGACAUUGGUGCAAACCCUUCUGCUGAAGGAGCCGAUGACGACGAGGGCGUUGAUGAUCAAGCCGUGAAGGUGGUCGACAUUGUUGACACCUUUAGACUCCAGGAACAACCCCCUUUCAACAAGAAGCAAUUUGUUGCUUACAUCAAGAAUUACAUCAAAAAUAUUACCCCCAAGCUUGAUGAAGAGAAACAAGAAUUCUUCAAAAAGAACAUCGAGGCCGCAACAAAAUUUCUCCUUGGCAAGCUUAGCGACCUCCAGUUUUUUGUUGGGGAGAGCAUGCAUGAUGACAGUUCCAUGGUGUUUGCUUACUACAAGGAAGGUGCUACUGACCCGACAUUUUUGUACAUUGGUGUGGGGUUGAAGGAGGUGAAGUGUUAAGAAGGAUUAUUAUCAUCCCAAGCCAGCAAAGAGUUUGAGGCACUUGCUGUAGCUGUUGCUUUAAAAUGUUUGGUUUUCGUUCUAUUAAGUAUGGAUCUAUUUAUUCUUGUGUUGAUGUUCGGUUUCAUUUUUGGACUAGAAUUGGUAUUGGUAUUGGAAAUUGGAAUUAAGUAAAACUUUGAUAUUCAGAGUGUUUGGCUGUC